AUGGCGCGCAAAGUACAGGCUCCGGCCCAGAAGGGCUCAGGCGAUACACCGCAACUCUCCGAUUUGUAUUGCACGCAAGAGAUCUCAAAGAUUCUGCACGGCGUCACGCUGGAGGAAUUGACCAAGCUGGGAUUCAAGGAGGACGUCUUCGUGUCUUACACUCGUAUCGUACUUUACUUGCUCCUCUGCGGCAUCGGAGCGUACAGCGGCGCCUUCAUUACUGUGGAGAAGAACAAGCACCUCCUAAAAGUGGCUGUGGGUGCCUUCUUCACCCUCCUCACCUUCACGAUGUUCUAUGACAAGGUCGUGCUACGCGGCACAGCGUAUCGUCUGCUCGUUACAGAUAACCUCAAGGUGUAUAUUUGGUGCGGCGUCAAUUGGUGCGAAGGCACGUACGAUAUCAAGUACGCCUUCUCCGAUAGCCCCAAACAUAUCGCUACAUACCGAGUCCCCCUGAGCGAAACGUUCUUCGAGGACGGGAAGCUCGACGAGGAGUGGUACCACAACAGCAUGGUCCGGCUGUCCAACGAGAUCAAAGCAGCGUCGAAGAAGACGGCUUGA